AAGCGCAAGUGCUAACCAUUUUUAAGACUUGUUUCAAGACUUUCUUUAUCAGCAAAUCAGCAAACCGGUCCAAUUACCUAAAUCAACAGGUACGUACCACAACGCCUAGACCCUCUUGAUUUCCCUUCAAACCUUCAAACAGGGUCCCUUUCUUGUCAUCAUCAGCCUCAUGCUUUACUUAUUACCCCUUCAAAUGUAACCCCUUCUUUUUUCUUUUUCUUUUUCUUUUCCCAUCAAAAAAUAAUAAAGAUUGUUACCAAACAUAUCCGUUACCUACUCCACAUUCCCUCGUUGCCUUCCAUCCCUAGAACCCAAAAUCUGACCGUAUACAUCCUUUGGUAUCGAUUGUAAAGCGACUUUGCGGCUGGUUAUCGUGACACCUUUCCUUUCUCGGAGAUCCCUUUAUCAGGAGACAACUCGAACUUCAUCAUGGCUAGCAAGCAAGCGAGCAAGCGCUUGGCUCGUGAAUACAAAAGCAUAUCAGAGAACCCUCCUCCGUACAUUAGUGCCCAUCCGUCAGAGUCUAAUAUCCUAGAAUGGCACUAUAUCAUAACCGGUCCCGAGGAUACUCCUUAUCAUAAUGGCCAGUAUUGGGGCACCCUAAUCUUCCCGCCUAACUAUCCCUUCGCGCCGCCGGCUAUUCGAAUGCACACGCCCUCGGGCCGCUUCCAACCAUCUACAAGACUAUGCCUCUCCAUCUCUGAUUUCCACCCGCGAUCCUUCAAUCCGGCGUGGGAAGUCUCGACGAUCCUCAUCGGACUGUUGUCGUUUAUGACGUCGGAAGAGAUGACAACCGGUUCGGUGUCGGCUACGGCGCACGAACGACGAAUCUUCGCGGCUAGGUCGAGGUGGUGGAACUCGACGGGAGGUGGCUCGCACGCGAGAAACCCGGCGCAGAAAGGAAACGUGAAGGCUGGGGACGGCGGCGCGAAAUUCAGAGCGGAGUGGCCCGAACUAGACAAGGAGAAUUGGCGGUGGAUGACGGAGAACAACAUCGACACGGCCACGGGAGCUAGGAACGGUAGUGCAUCGUGCGGACCGCAGUUGGGUAUCCCUGGCGGUAGUGGCGGCCAGGCCCAAGCUGUCGUCGACGCCGUCGUACAGAGGCGGGAUGCCGGUACGAGUUGGCUCGGACGGAACAAGCUGCUAGUAUUUGGAGGCGUCAUAUUCGUCUAUGUGUUGAUAGCCCGCAUCCUCGGAGAAGGGGAGGGCACUGUUUAAUCUAAGAAUAAUACUGGAAGGUGCCUCUUCGGAAUUGAGCUGAGUAUAAACACCCGGGGUGAGAGGAGGUCGGCCCUCAUAAUAUCUCAUAUGCUCAUGUGUAUCAUAGAUAGGUACCUAACAGCAAUAUCGUUUAGCUAGUUAUUGCGAUGAAUUGAUAUAAAUCGAUCAA